CCACCUCCUCCUUCCCCCCCCCUCUCCUUCCGCCUCUCCCUGUCGCUCCGCCCCUCCCCCCGCCCUCCAGCCCUGCCGCUGCCGCGGCGCGAUUCUCCUUCCUCCCUCCGCGCGCGCAGGCACGUCGCGAGCAUGGGCGGCGAGGGCCUCUACAUCUGCAAGGAGGUCCUCGCCGCCGCGGGCGUGGAGGAGAGCAGCCACACAGCCGGGGGGGCGUGCUACGUCAGCGGGCUGUGCCCGGAUAACGCCAGCGUGUGCUCCACUGCCGUGCCGCCCCGCCAGCAGAGCUGCAGCUCCUACCAGGCCACCACCCUGGGCAGCGGGUCCAGCACCGAGAUGACGCGGAACCGCGGCCUGGACGAGUGGCAGCACGGGCUGCCCAGCGCCUCCGGCUCCGAGUGGCGGAGCCUCGCGCCGACGCCCGCCGCCGCCGUGCGAGAGGAGGCUGGCGAGGCCCAGGCGGCCGCGGAGGCGGUCCUGGCGCUGGGGUCGUCGGAGAGCUCCGGCCUCCAGCGGGAGUCGUGGCAGAUGCGUCUGUCGGUCGGGAGCGAGGCCGUGGCCCACUGCGACCGCCUCCCCCCUGCGCCUCCUUUCGGCCGCAGCGGCAUUCUCGGUCUCCUCUGCCCCUCCCUCCCUUCGGAAAAGCAAAGGUGGC